GUCAGUAGUGGGCAGGAGAAGAUUAAAUGUAGAGAUGUGCUGUCAGAGCUCAUAUGUUCAGUUGUAAAGGAUUUCUGGGUCAAAGGUAGUUUUUAUUUUUGGAGUGAUGGUUUCAUUGUGCCCCUUAUGAAAGUGGAAGGCCUUCUAAGGUUUUACAAUCUAUAGACCUAUAAUCCAUGAAAUAACUGGAUAAAUAUUUGCCCUGCGAGGGAUUAGACAAUUUCUGGAAUGUGUGACGUGAGGGAAAGUUAUGUCACCGCCAUAAAUGUGGCUGCUAAGUUCGCUCGCAUAAUCACAGGCAUGUUGGAUAACUACACUUCUAAUUUACCACACGGGUAUCAAACGUGAUGCUUCAGUUGAUUUAAAUAAACCGCAAUUUGACCGAAAUGUCUAAACGAUAUGUUCAUAACGUUACAGUUUUUCUCUGAAGGGUACAGUUCUAAAGUCACAUUAUUACAUCAGGAUUUAGUUUAGAAAAACAACACGGUGUACAGCACACUGGUCGCUUCUCGUUUACAGUCUCCAAUCCUGCUGGAUGAGCUGACGAGCCUCACAAUAUGCAUCAGUAAUAUAGACAGUAAGUACAGAACUCUGUAUGUGUUAUUUGAGAUAAUUGUCAGGGAAGUGAGUGAGUUAAUAAUAAAACUGCACUCAUGCUUUUUGAGACUGCACAUGGUUUGAACAUGUGGGAUUAUUACAACUUUAAAUUAACACUCUUCGAACAUUAUGCUUGUAUACCGUGAGAACCAUCAGCCACUGAAAAUAUAUUGGAAAACUUUCUUGUCAAUCUUUUGAAAGAACAAGAUCCAAAAAUCCAAGUGUGUUAUUUUUCUUUUUUUUUUGUUCCUACUGUACCUCUGUUUCUUUUCUUGGACACAAACGAAAUGGUUACGGAUUGGGGAUUACCAAUAGCGGACUUGUCUUAAGGGAUCAACCACGGGGAUAAAGCUUCUCUCUGACCAGCCUCCCUGAGCUAAGAGAGAAGUAUAAUCAGAAAGGGAAAGGGAGGAGGACAGGCAACUUGUGGACAUCCAUCACUUCUCAACAAAGGGGAAAAGGUAGCCACUUUAGAAAGAUUGCUCAACAUGUUUUUUCAGCAAGCACCAAGUUCUCCUUCUCCUGCUGAAGGCAACAUGGCUACACAGUUCGUCUACGACCUCUUAGGGGAGAACGCUUGGCUCUACAUCACUGCUACUUUCGUGGUGUUGUGGUUUGCCAUCUGGUUAUACAGAGACAGCCUGGAGAUUGAAAGCAUCACCGACAAGUAUGUGUUUGUGACCGGCUGCGACUCGGGGUUUGGAAACCUGCUGUGUAAGAAGCUUGACCGCAAAGGUUUCCGUGUGCUGGCUGGUUGUCUCACAGAGAAGGGAGCUGACGACCUCAAAAGAGUAGCAGGGCCUCAGCUCAAGACGGUCCUGCUGGAUGUCAGCAGUCAGGACAGCAUCCAAAAAGCCAUGGAGUGGACCAAGAAGGAGGUCGGCGAGAAUGGACUUUGGGGUAUUGUGAACAAUGCUGGACGCUCUUUACCGAUGGGUCCUUCAGAGUGGAUGAAAGUGGAGGAUUUCCACAGCACACUGAAAGUAAACAUGAACGGAGUGAUCGGCAUGACAAUGACCUUCCUGCCUCUCAUCAAAAAGGCCCGCGGCCGUAUCGUAAACGUAGCAUCGGUGCUGGGUAGGGUGGCUGCAAACGGUGGUGGAUACUGCAUCUCCAAGUUUGCAGUGGAGUCUUUCUCUGACUGCCUCAGGAGAGAUAUUCAUUACUUUGGGAUCAACGUGUGCAUCAUUGAGCCGGGCUUUUUCAAGACUGCAGUGACGAGCCUGGAGCCCAUCGAGAGGGAGCUGCAUCGCCUGUGGAACCAGCUCAGCCCUGAAGUGAAAGCCAGCUAUGGAGACAAGUACCUCGAUAAGUAUAUCGCCGUCCAGCGUCUGAUCAUGAAUGCUGUGUGUGACUCUGACCUCAGCAAGGUGACCGACUGCAUGGAGCACGCCGUGACCGCUGCCUACCCACGCACCAGAUACAGCGCCGGCUGGGAUGCCAAGCUUCUUUGGAUCCCCCUGUCUUACAUGCCUUCCUGUGUCGUUGAUAUUGGACUAAAGCUGGUGCUGCCACGUCCUUCCAAGAGCGUGUAACUUGGGAUGACUUUGAAAUAAUGUCUUCAAAGUUAUCAGCCUUUCUGUGUCAUUUUGAUACAAUACGGGGGCUGACAUUAAAAAAAAAAAAUCAUCUUUUUUCCUUUAAAAAAACCCCCCACAUUCCUUAUCUACUUUGACGCUGCUGUUAUUAUAUUUAUAUGGCACAGUCUACCUUGGUAUUACAGGUAUUUUUUUUCUUCUGUAGCAUCUACUUGGCACUUCUAGACAAUGUAAGAGAAAUUAUUAGAAAAAUGUACUGUAUACAUGUGAUUUUGUUCUACAAUAUACUGUGCCUUUUAACAUUUAUUUAUGUUGCCUUGAACUGAAUCUCUUAACCAUCAGUGGCUAAAUAAAGAGCGUUUUACUACAAAGAAACAGUAUUUCUCAAAUGUAAUAAUAACGAUCUUAUAGUGGACACAAAUAAAAGAAAAAAAUGUGUACUCUGAGUUACAGUGAUGGGCAGCAACAUCACAAUGGUUACUAACAGCUAUGUGAAUGUGAAUAAAGAUACACGUGAAUGUAAAAACCUG